UAAAAACAAAAAAGUGCGUGACCAUGACCUAGACAUGGAGUAAUGCUAGUUACAGACACAGUGUUCAACGAAGAAGACGAAGUAUAAAUAAUUCGCAUCGAAAUCGAAGUAAUUACAAAGAUGCAAGGUUUGAAGCAAUGCAUACGACGACGUUUCUAUGUCAGAGAUUCAAUUAUGGCUUCCAUACCCACCACGCAAAACGAGAAUCUCCAUUCUCCCCAUUUCUCUCGCCUCACCCCCAAACGCUUCCUCGAUUUGCACCAGCUUGUAAAUAAGGACGCAAUUGCAAAAGAGCGAGCUCGAUUAAAUGAUGAAAUGAGUAGGGGGUACUUUGCUGAUAUGGCUGAGUACAAGAAACAUGGCGGUAAGGUUGCUGUAGCUAAUAAAGUGAUUAUACCAGCUAUGGUGGCUGUGAAAUUUCCUGAUAUCGAAGUUCACUUCUCAGAUGGUAAAACAAUGAAGCUUCCUAUUCGUAUUUCUGACAGUAAAGAUGAUUCUGACAAGUCGUUCGUCCCCAAGGCAUCUUUGGUCUGUCUGGCAUUUCGAGCAAGUUCCCAGGAAAUGAUUAAUUCUUGGACCGCGCCUUUUGCUAAAGCAUUUGGUAACUCAAAAGAUGCUCAUUUAUAUCAGGUAUCAUUUAUAGAUUCAUGGCUUUUAUGUCGGGCUCCUAUAAAACGUCUCCUUUUGUGGACAAUGAAGAAACCUAAUCAAAAUGAAAGCAAGGAUACACUUCAAAGGAAAAUAGUGUAUUCAUUUGGUGACCACUAUUAUUUCAGAAAAGAAUUAAAGAUUCUGAAUCUCCUCACCGGGUAUAUCUUCCUCCUAGAUAGUUUUGGUAGAGUAAGAUGGCAGGGAUUUGGAACGGCAACAGAAGAUGAACUUGCUUCCCUUCUUUCUUGCACAUCACUUCUUCUAAAUGAGUAAUGAGGUGGAAGACUACACUGUAGUUUUGUAUUUCAGAAAUUUUGGGCUAUUAUAAACAAGGUUGGAUGAAAUUUUGCUGUUUUAAAUUGUAAGGAACAUUUAUGGAGCUACUACCUUGUGGAGGAGGAAACUUGUAACCCAAGUUAGCUGUGUGAGGAUAAAUAAUUAAUUUUUUAGCUAUAAAUUGAAAUUCAUUCAAAUAAGCAUACACAAUUUUAGGACUAUCAUAGUGUUGCUCUAGGCCUGAAGAUUAUCCAUGUGGAUGCAUCUUUUUUGUAAUGAUCACUACAUAAUGUGGCUGAUGUAGAGGGUAUCACUUCCUUUAUGUCAAUAGAUAUAGAGCUUUUUUUACACUUUUAUUAUUCUCUAAUGUUAAAACAUAAGUAACAUGAGACAACUAAAUUUUAUUUAUUUAUCACAAAACAUAUUUGAAAAACUCAA